GGGGUGGAAGGUGCUUGUUAGCUCGUGGUUCAGCUACUAGCCCUUGUGCUGGGCUACCUGGAUGUCAUGGAGGCGGUCUUGGCGGAAGAACUUGAUGAGGAGGAGCAGCUAGUGAGAAGGCAUCGCAAAGAGAAGAAGGAGCUGCAAGCCAAAAUUCAAGGUAUGAAGAACGCUGUUCCCAAGAAUGACAAAAAGAGGAGGAAGCAACUCACUGAAGAUGUUGCUAAGUUGGAAGCAGAAAUGGAACAGAAACAUAAAGAAGAAUUGGAGCAACUGAGGCUGACUUCUAAGGAAAGUAAAAUAGAUUCUGUUGCUGUUAACAUUUCAAACUUGGUUCUUGAGAAUCAGCCACCUCGGAUAUCAAAAGCACAAAAGAGACGGGACAAAAAAGCUGCAUUGGAAAAGGAGCGGGAAGAAAGGAUAGCUGAAGCUGAAAUUGAGAACUUAUCUGGAGCCAGACACUUAGAAAGUGAAAAGCUUGCUCAAAUAUUGGCAGCAAGAGAGUUGGAAAUUAAACAGAUUCCAUCUGAUGGCCACUGUAUGUAUAGAGCCAUUGAAGAUCAACUCAAAGAACGGAAAUGCCCUUUGACUGUGGCUGCUUUAAGAAGUCAAACUGCCGAAUAUAUAAAAGGCCAUGUGGAGGACUUUCUGCCAUUUUUAACAAAUCCUAAUACGGGAGAGAUGUAUACUCUAGAAGAGUUUAGAAAGUACUGUGAUGAUAUCAUUAACACAGCUGCAUGGGGAGGUCAGCUUGAGCUAAGAGCCUUGUCUCACAUUUUACAAACACCGAUAGAGAUAAUACAGGCAGAUUCUCCUCCUAUUGUAAUUGGUGAAGAAUAUCAAAAAAACCCUUUAGUACUUGUAUAUAUGAGACAUGCAUACGGCUUAGGAGAACAUUACAAUUCUGUUACACAGUUGGUGAAUACAGCUACUGAAAAUUGCAGCUAGUUUGCAAAAUGUUACACAAUUAUGUUUUAGUACAGUGUGCCGAUCUGAGUAUUCUUACAAGUGCUGGAUUGUUCUAACAUUACUGAAAAACACAACUACCUUAAAUCAGUUUUAUGGCAAAGCUACUAACAGAUUAAAAAAAAAAAAAUGUGUUAGAGAUAAACUUUAACCAGUGUUCCCUUUGUGCUAUUUAAAAACACUUGUGAGUCCAUUGUGGAGAACAUCAUUUAUAGACCAAGAUAGUACCUAUUUGCUGAUAUUUUUACUAAUAUAGGGUCUUUAACAUUCUGUUCUGCAUUGAAAUAAAUUUAAUUUUUCUCAUUAUUAUCAAAAGCUUUCAGUAACCAUUUUAAUGUAACUUUCUUGAAGAAAUGAAAUGACUUGGUCUCUUUGUCAUUGCAAAAAUGUAGUAAGGGUGAUAGCAAACCUGCUUAAUGCUUAUAAAUGCAUCUGUUUUCAGUAACCCUGGUACUGAUGGAAUUAAUAGUAUGAAGCUUUUUAUGUAAUCCCAUCAAAGUGCAGCUAAAGAGCUUGCUUUAAUAACUAAAAUUUUUAAAAUAUUUAUUCAUAUGGGAAUCAGUGAAGUUUAAGAAAUGAGACAGAUUUAAAUAGGUGUUCCUAUUAGAUCAUACCCCUAAAGAAGUACCAUCAUGUUUUCUUUCUUACAGUUUUUUAGUGUCUUUUAUUUUUUUAUUCUAUUUUUUUACUUUUUAAAGUAAUC